AUGAAGACAGUCGAAGGCAGGGAAGUAAAGAGACCUCACUCCGGCAAUCGGAUUGUAUCAUGGGCCGUUUCUACGGUAAUGACCCGCCAAAACUUGGUGCCCAGCGAAAACCAGGCCGGCACCAAGUUCAUCUCGGCCCUGAUUCCCUACUGGGAUAUGGCCAACCACAGGCCGGGCAAGAUAACCUCCUUCUAUGGCGCCGCUUCCAGGCAACUGGAGUGCACCGCCCAGGAGGCGUGUGCCGCCGGAGAGCAGUUUUUCAUCUACUACGGCGAUCGGUCGAAUACCGAUCUUCUGGUGCACAAUGGCUUUGUGGAUGUGAGCAAUCUCAAGGAUUACGUUAAUAUUCGCGUGGGCCUGAGCACCACGGACGCACUGGCCGCGAAGAGGGCUAGCAUUCUGGACAAGCUGAACAUCCGGCACAAUGCAGAGCUGCGCGUGCUGCCGGCGCCGGAUUUCAUCUCCAAGGAGCUGUUGGCCUUCGUCCGGGUGUUCAAGAUGAGCGCCGAGCAGCUGGAGCACUGGUGCAGCGACUUGGAGCGGGCCGGCGAUCUACUGCACAUCGAUUGCGCCCUGGAGACGGAUCACGAGACGCGCACCUGGCAGUUUCUGGAGGACAGGCUGAAGCUGCUGCUGGCCGUCCUUGAUAAGGAACUGCGGGAGGCCGACGAGCUGGAGGCGUUGUCCGAGCUCUCCCAGCUGGAACUUAAGGAAGGGGGAAAACCUGUGCAUGAAAUCGAGCUCAUGCUGCUGCAAUACCGCCGCCUGGAGAGGAGCAUCCUCGCCGGUGCUCUGCAGUACGCCCAGGAGCAUCGCAAGGUCUAGGGAUUGGCAAACCCCCGCCUUGGAGCACAUCACCCACAUAAUUCGAGUUGCCAUCGACAAAGCGACAUCAAUAACUCAGUCUAGCAUUAGCACCAUACUCUUUUUUUUUUGUACCAUUACUUAACUUAUUUUAAUCGACCGUUUUUCAUCUAGUCGAGUGUUUUUGAAGUGGAUACCAAAUUAAUUUAUAAUAAAAUUUACAACGAAAGUUUUACAUGAGGUUUCUAAAAACUCGAUUCUACAAUCAUGUACGUUAUAGCGUUUAAUUGUUUUAUGUUUGUUUACAUUUUUAUUUCUAAUAACAUCAGUUUUAGUAUUUUGGAAUUAAAUAUGAAAUCAAGCAAGGCGA